AUGUUUGAUUUAAUUUGUUUUUAUUUUGAGUUUUAUUCCAUUUCUAUUGGAAGUUCAACGUUGAUGCUUUAGGUUAAGGGAUUUAUCAAAAGAGCACGGUUUGACGGCUGAUAAAAUAGCUACAUUGCGUUCAAAAGCGCUUGCUCGAAAACGCACUCAAAUUAAGAGUACAGAGGAGGAUUUGGAAGAGCAGCACCAUUAUCUGGAAUCCGGCCAGAUGGAUUUAACGAAGGAAGUUGUUAGUCGUGAACUACAGUGGCGAACGCGAACAACGAUCAUGGAGGCGCUGUCAAAGAAUUUUGCCAAAAGUAUAUUUCCACUGUUUCAAGCAAUAAGGGCCAGAGAAGAAGAGAAAGUUGUGGCUGAAGAAGCCUUGUUAUUGUCUGACUCAAGUGAUUUACUCAAAGCUUUGGGUCGAACAGGAUAUAACAGAUACGACCAGGAAAGGUUCAGGAAGGAAGAGGCGCUUUUAGCUUCUAGAACUCCUGUGAUUGUUAUUCCUGCAACUGGUAAUUCGCUGAUUACCAUGUACAAUGCUAAGGAAAUCCUAAAAGAUUUGAGGUUUGUCAGCACAGAACAUAUAAAAUUGACCGGAGUGCGACGCGAAAACGAGAUACUAAUCCAUCGUCAGAAAGAAGGAGCCACAUCCGUACCCUACAGAAUCAUAGACAAUCCACUAAAGUUGAACGAAGAGGAAUGGGAUCGAGUGGUUGCAGUUUUCGUCCAUGGCCCGGCCUGGCAGUUCAAGGGUUGGCCUUGGAAUGGUAAUCCAACGGAGAUCUUUGGAAAAGUCUGCGCUUUCCAUUUGAAGUGGGACGACGUAAAGCUGGAAGGCAACGUCAGUAGGUGGGCCGUAAACAUAAUCGCCUUGUCAAGAACGAAACGUCAUCUGGACCGCGCUAAUUUAUUGAAAUUCUGGGAAACUUUGGACAGGUAA